GUGUGUGUGUGCAUGUGUGUGUGUGUGUCAGUGUGUGUGUGUGUGUUGCAUGCUUUGCAUAACACACACACACCAGCAGCAGCAGCAGCAGCAGCAGCAGUAGACUUGUGUAACGCCGCAGAUUUUAAAGUGAACUCGGGCCGGUGCGGUUGGGCGACAGCGCUGAGAGAAGAUCCAUGCAGGCAGCUAAAGUGUCCGACACUCCUCUGGAGUACAUUGUUGAAUAUCUGCUGAAGGCGAAACUAAUAGCAGAUCAGAAUGUCAGCGUUCCUGAGGAGCUGCGGGAGAAUCUUCAGAAAGCUCUGGACAUCGCCAGCGGACUGGACCCGUAUAUAGAACAAAUGAGCAGCCCGGAGAGUGACCCGCUAGCUGAGCUGUACAAGAAAACUAUUUCUCAUGACUGGAAUAAAGCGCAUGAAGACGGGAAAACCAUGUUUAGGCUUCCCAAGGAGUGCAUUACUGGACACGUUGAAGGACAGUUUUUGAAAAUGUUGGUCCACAUGAGUAAGGCCAGGAAGGUGCUGGAGAUCGGGAUGUUUACGGGGUAUGGCGCUCUCUCCAUGGCCGAGGCUUUACCGGAGGAUGGGCGGCUCAUCGCCUGUGAGAUCGAGCCCUACCUCAGAGACUUCGUCCAGCCUGUAUUCGACUCGUCGCCACACGGAAAGAAGAUCACUGUGAAGGUCGGAUCGGCUAUGGAGUCGCUAAAGGAGUUUGCCAGUGCAGGUGAGCAGUUUGACCUGGUUUUUAUUGAUGCAGAUAAAAAUAACUACCUCAGCUACUACACCUUCCUGCUGGAGCACAACCUGCUGCGGAUGGAUGGAGUGCUGUGUGUGGAUAACGCCCUGUUUAAAGGAAAAGUUUACCUCAGCGACUCGACCGACCAGAACGGACUCAGUCUCAGAGAGUUUAACCAGUUGGUGGCCAGUGAUCCACGAGUUCAGCAGGUGAUGAUUCCACUGAGGGACGGCAUCACGCUCAUCCAACGAGUUCCUUCCUGUCCACAGAAUAACGCUCAGAGCUCAGUGACGUAUGACGAGGUGUUUCGGGGGGUGCAGGGGAAGUCGAUCCUGUCUCGGCUGCGAUUGGACGGGAAGGUGGCGUACGUGACGGGAGCAGGACAGGGCAUCGGCAGGGCCUUCGCCCACGCUCUCGGAGAGGCUGGAGCCAAAGUGGCCAUCGUAGAUAUAGAUAAAACCAAGGCCGAGAGAGUGACCCACGAACUCACCCUGAAAGGGAUCUGCAGUAUGGCGCUGGCUGCAGAUAUCAGCAGGGCGGAGGACGUUCAGCAGAUGAUUGACAGCAUUAUCAGUAAGUGGGGCGGGGUUCACAUAGCCUGCAACAACGCAGGAAUCAACAUGAACUCGGCGAGUGAAGACACGGCUCUGGACGAGUGGGACCAAACCUUCAACGUUAACCUCAGAGGAACAUUCAUGUGUUGCCAGGCAGCCGGGCGUGUCAUGCUGAAGCAAGGCUACGGCAAGAUAAUCAACACCGCCUCCAUGGCCAGUUUAAUAGUACCUCACCCUCAGAAGCAGCUGGCCUACAACACGUCUAAAGCUGGAGUGGUGAAGCUCACGCAGACGCUGGGCACGGAGUGGAUAGACCGCGGGGUUCGCGUCAACUGCAUCUCGCCGGGGAUAGUUGACACCCCUCUCAUCCACUCGGAGAGUCUGGAGCCCCUGCUUCAGCGCUGGCUGUCAGACAUCCCUGCCGGACGGCUGGCUCAAGUGACAGACCUGCAAGCGGCGGUAGUCUACUUGGCAUCUGAAGCCUCCGACUACAUGACAGGGCAUAACUUAGUCAUAGAGGGUGGGCAAAGUCUUUGGUAGAGAAACUUUGGCUGGUGCUGCUGGAGAUCAGAAAAGGAAAAACAAAGCUUUGCUUUUCUCCUCAGGUCCUCGGAGCAAUUCAGAGAGGGUUCCUUUGUAUUUAUUGUGAGAAAAUGUAUGAGAACCCUUUGGGAUUAUUUGUGUUUCUGCAUAAAUUGGUCAUUAAAUGUGUUCUGAUCUUCAUCUAAAUUCACAACAAUAGACAAACACAGUGUGCUUUUUCUUAAACCAGGUAAAAAAUGAUAUUUUGCAUGGUUUUAUUGAACACAACAUGUUAAUAUUUACAAUGAGGGGAGAAAAAAAUAUGUGAACCUUUGCAUUUAAUAACUGGUUGAUUCUCCUUUGGCAGCAAAAACCUCAACCAAUCGUUUCCUGUAGCUGCAGAUCAGACCUGCAGAACAGUCAGGAGGAAUUCUGGAUCAUUCCUCUUCACUAAACUGUUUCAGUUCAGCUAUAAUAUUUUUUUAUUUAUCUGGUGUGAAUCUUACUCCUGAGGUCUUUCUUCUGUUGAAGCCGUUCGGUUGUUGAUUUACUUCUAUGUUUUGGGUCGUUGUCCUGUUGCAUCAUCCAUCCUCUGUUGAGCUUCAGUUGGAGGACAGAUGGUCUUAAGGUUUCCUGCAAAAUGUAAACUUGGUAAACUUGGGAAUUUAUUUUUCAGUUGAUGACGGCAAUCCGUCCAGACCCUGAGGCAGCAAAGCAGCCCCAAACCAUUAUGCCCCCUCCACCAUGUUUCACAGUUGGGAUGAGGUUUUGAUGAUGGUGUGCUGUGCCUUUUUUUUCUCCACACAUAGCGUUGUGUGUGUUCCUUCCAAACAACUCAAUUUUGGUUUCGUCUGUCCACAGUAUAUUUAGCCAGUACUGCUGUGGAAUAUCCAGGUGCUCUUUUGCAAACUUUAAACAUGCAGCAAUGUUUUUUUGGACUCCAUUCUUGUUUGAUGUUUUCCUUAUUGUAGAUUUGUCAACAAAAAUGUUAGCAUGUGCCAGAGAUUUCUGUAAGUCUUUUGCUGACACUCUAGGAUUCUUCCUCACCUCAUUGAUCAUUCUGUGCUGUGCUCUUGCAGUCAUCUUUACAGGACUUUACCACGCCUAGGGAGAGUAGCAACAGUGCUGAACUUUCUCCAUUUGUAAAGCAUCUGUCUUACUGUGGACACAUCACAAUCACAACUCAUCACAUCCUGCCUCCAAUUAGCUCUUAGAAAAGUCAUUAGUCUAGGGGUUCACAUACUACUUUUUUCCAUCCUCACUGUGAAUAUUAAUAUGUUGUGUUCAAUAAAAUCAUGCAAACAUAUAUAUUUUUGUGUGGUAUUCCUUUAAGCAGACUGUGUUUGUCCAUUGUUGUGACUUAGAUGAAGAUCAGAACACAUUUAAUGACCAAUUUAUGCAGAAAUAUGCAAGUAUAAUGCCAAACAGUUCACAUACUUUUUCUUGCAACUGUAAAAGCAGAUGGAUCUAUGAGGGAUACCAUAGAUCUGGAUGGGUGGAUUAAUUUCCACAAGGGGCCACAUAAUAAUCUGGGACUGGUUUGGAAAGCUGGACCAACAGAUCCACUGAUCUCAAAUUGGAUCAAUAGAUCAAUAUUAUCUUUGGGGGGUCGUUUCAGCCCCUUUCAGUGUUUAACGUCUCUGAAAAACUUUUGACGUUAUUUUUGUGAUUCACAUGUAAUGACCUUUCCUAAUAAAACAAAUUAAAACAAGUAA